AUGAACACGGUCAACCCCACCGACAACGAGUGCCAAUACACAUACAAGCCGUGCACGAACCCGCGGUCGCGAAAGAAGAGCGGGUCGCUCCACUCGUUCUGCGAGUACCACCGACAAAAAGCCAACGCGCUUCAAAAGGCACAUGACGCAAGGAAGCGCCUGCGUGAGGCAGACGCGAUGCGAGCGAUCACGACGUCUCGGCCGACACCGAUCGAACCGACUCGAACACGGUCAAUUGCUACGUCGGCGUCGUUUGACGUCGAAGACAUCCGCUUCUUGAACGAGUGGCUGCUCGAUACCAACAACGUUGAUGCUGACGACUACCUUGACGAGACGAGUAGCAGUACGAGUCCCUUGACCGCCGAGGACUAUGCCAUCUUGUGUGACAUCUUUCGUGGGCCUUGA